UCACUCCUCCCAAUUUAUAAUCUCCUCCUUUUUGGCCUCUCUUCCUAGCUCAUUCCAGUACUAUUUAUAGUCCUAGAAUAUCCCAAGACUAUCAUAAAAACUUGUAUAAUAUAUAUAUAUAUAUAUAUAGAUACUAGCAUAUAUUCAUGGGAAACGCAGAUUGCGUGUACCCAUCGGCGAGUACUAAUGUGGAGAGGUCCCACAGGGUGGCGAUUCCACCGCCACAGCCGUUUGUGAAGACGUUUCGGAACACUGUGAAAGAAACGUUCUUUCCUGACGACCCAUUCCGUCAGUUCAAGAACCAAACGGCAUGGAGAAAGCUCGUGUUGGGACUUCAGUACUUCUUUCCCAUCCUGGAAUGGGCUCCUCGCUACCCUCUUUCCUUCUUCAAAGCCGAUAUCGUCUCCGGAAUCACCAUUGCCAGCCUCGCCAUCCCUCAGGGAAUCAGCUACGCCAAGCUCGCCAACUUGCCCCCCAUUCUCGGCCUAUAUUCGAGCUUUGUCCCACCUUUGAUUUAUGCGAUGAUGGGAAGUUCGAGGGAUUUGGCCGUGGGAACUGUGGCUGUGGCUUCACUUCUCACGGCUUCUAUGUUGGGCCAAGAAGUUAACGCCUCUGAGAACCCUUCUCUUUAUCUUCAUCUUGCUUUCACAGCAACAUUCUUCGCUGGUGUUUUCCAAGCUUCCUUGGGAUUUUUAAGGCUAGGGUUUAUCGUGGAUUUCCUAUCACAUGCAACGAUAGUAGGGUUCAUGGCAGGAGCAGCCACUGUGGUGUGCUUGCAACAACUGAAAGGGAUUCUUGGACUUGAACAUUUCACCCAUGGGACAGAUGUCGUGUCAGUCAUGCGCUCUGUCUUUAGCCAAACACAUGAGUGGAAAUGGGAAAGUGGAGUCUUGGGAUGUUGUUUCCUUUUCUUCCUCCUGAUAACCAGAUAUUUUAGUAAGAGAAAGCCGAAGUUCUUUUGGAUAUCAGCCAUGGCACCGUUGACCUCAGUUAUCUUGGGAAGCCUUCUUGUUUAUCUCACCCAUGCUGAAAAACAUGGUGUUCAAGUGAUAGGAAAGCUGAAGAAGGGGCUGAAUCCAUUAUCAAUCACGGAUCUUAUAUUUUCACCUCCUCACAUGACACUAGCUAUCAAAACUGGCAUAAUCACGGGUAUCAUAGCCCUCGCUGAAGGGAUAGCAGUGGGGAGAAGCUUUUCCAUGUUCAAGAGUUACCAUAUUGAUGGAAACAAAGAGAUGAUUGCAAUUGGAAUGAUGAACGUUGUUGGUUCUUGCACUUCUUGCUAUCUCACAACAGGUCCAUUUUCGCGAUCUGCGGUGAACUACAACGCAGGGUGCAAGACGGCAGUGUCAAACAUAGUCAUGGCAAUUGCCGUCAUGUUCACGUUGUUGUUCCUCACACCCUUAUUCCAUUACACUCCGCUGGUGGUGCUCUCAGCAAUCAUAAUCGCCGCGAUGCUCGGUCUCAUAGAUUAUGAGGCCGCCAUCCAUCUUUGGAAAGUGGACAAGUUUGAUUUAAUCGUUUGCAUAAGUGCAUAUGUUGGCGUGGUCUUUGGCAGUGUGGAAGUCGGAUUAGUCAUAGCGGUCGCGAUAUCGUUGCUGCGGGUACUUUUAUUUGUUGCGAGGCCUAGGACAUUUGUUCUCGGUAACAUUCCUGAUUCCAUGAUCUAUAGAAAUGCCGAACAAUACACCAAUGCAAGCAAUGUUCCUGGAAUUCUCAUUCUUGAGAUUGAUGCUCCAAUUUACUUUGCAAAUUCCAACUACUUAAGAGAAAGAAUUUCAAGAUGGAUUGAUGACGAGGAAGAUAGGAUUAAAUCAGCUGGAGAAACCAGCUUACAAUAUGUCAUAUUGGACUUGACAGCUGUUGGUAACAUAGACACAAGUGGGUUAAGCAUGGUUGAUGAGGUCAAGAAGACCAUUGAAAGAAGGGGUCUCAAGCUUGUGUUGGCCAACCCUGGAAGUGAGGUUAUGAAGAAGCUGAACAAGUCAGAGUUGAUCGACAAGAUAGGCCAGGAAUGGAUUUAUCUAACGGUUGGAGAGGCUGUUGAAGCAUGCAAUUUUAUGCUUCACACGUGCAAACCAAGCGAUGCCAAAGAUGAUCAAUCAGUCGAGUCAACAUGGAACAACGUCUGACUUAUUUAAUUUAUUUUGCUGGCAGCAAAUGUAAUAUAGGAAUUAAUUAAGUUGAUAUCGAUCGCUUGUGUUUAUCAAAGUUUAUUUUGCGGCUCAUUUGUGCAAUAUAUAUAUAUAUAUAUAUAUAUAUAUAUGUGUGUGUGUGUGUGUGUGAUUUCAUAAAAUCGGAAGGUAACAUUAUGACUCAUUGGAUCAAAAUGAGAAAAUGAGUCGUUAAUUAUUUAAAGCCUACUCCGAUAUGAAGUCAUUGUUUGGAGGAAAGUUUUUCCCCUUCCAAGUUCCAACUAUAUUAUGUUAUAAUAUUGUACAAUGUAUAUUACACGUUGAAAUUCCAAAUGGUAAUUUCACUACA